UUCAAAAUUCCAAGCAUGUCGCGUUCACCUGGGGUACUGCUGCGUGUGAAGUUGGCAAAGUUCAUAAUGCGUACUGCUUGCUCGAAGGCGCCCAAACCUGAUAGAUGUCCGGAAAUCAAGCAAACAGGCAUCUUUAUAAAUAAUGAGUGGAAAAAUAGCACUUCGGGUGAAAAGUUUGACACUGUAAAUCCAGCAACAGAGGAUACGAUUGCCUCCAUCCAAAAAGGCGGCACCAAGGACAUCGAUCUGGCCGUGGAAGCGGCGCAAAAGGCAUUCCAGUUGGGCUCGCCCUGGCGUCGCAUGGAUGCCUCGGACAGAGGUCGCCUGAUGAGCCGCCUGGCCGAUCUCAUUGAGCGUGACAUCGUCUAUCUGGCGAGCCUGGAGACAAUCGAUAAUGGCAAACCCUUCGCCAUGUCCUACGCAGUGGAUUUGCCACUGACCAUUAAACAUCUGCGCUACUAUGCCGGUUGGGCGGACAAGAUUCAGGGCAAAACUAUAGCCGCCGACGGUGACUUCUUUUGCUAUACACGGCACGAGCCGGUAGGCGUGUGUGGCCAGAUUAUACCCUGGAAUUUUCCCAUUCUGAUGCUCGCCUGGAAGCUGGGGCCCGCUCUGGCCACGGGCAACACCAUUAUAUUGAAGCCCGCCGAGCAGACCCCGCUCACGGCUCUGUGGGUGGCACAACUGAUAAAGGAGGCAGGCUUUCCGCCAGGCGUGGUCAACAUUGUGCCUGGCUACGGGGACAUUGGCGCCCAUCUGGCCAAACACCCGGGCAUUGACAAAAUCGCCUUCACAGGCUCCACGGCCGUGGGCAAACAGAUUCAAACGUCUGCGGGUGCCGGCAACCUGAAGCGAGUGACGCUCGAGCUGGGUGGCAAAUCGCCAAACAUUGUGCUGGACGACGCCGACAUGGAGUACGCUGUGGAGACGUCCCACUUCGGGCUCUUCUUCAACAUGGGGCAGUGCUGCUGUGCCGCCUCGCGCACCUAUGUGCAGGAUAAGAUCUACGACGAGUUCGUGGAGCGCAGUGCAGAGCGGGCCAAGAAACGCAAGCUGGGUGAUCCUUUCGAUGAUCAGACUGAACAGGGCCCACAGAUCAGCACAAAACAGAUGGACAAGAUCCUGGAGCUAAUCAAAACGGGCGAAAAGCAGGGAGCCAAGAUGUUAACGGGAGGAAAGCGGGCUAGUCAACCGGGCUACUUCGUGGAGCCUACAGUGUUCGCUGAUGUCAAGGACGACAUGACGAUUGCCAAAGAGGAGAUCUUCGGACCUGUGCAACAGAUCAUGCGAUUUCGCGACCUCGAAGAGGUUAUCAAGCGGGCCAAUGACUCAAGCUACGGCCUGGCCGCAUCCGUUUUCACCAAAGAUCUGGACAAGGCCAAUUUUCUGAUCAACGCCUUGCGCGCUGGCACCGUUUGGAUCAACACGUACAAUGUCCUGGGUGCUCACACGCCCUUCGGCGGCUAUAAGAACUCUGGAAAGGGGCGUGAGAACAGCGAAUAUGCGUUAACUAAUUAUACAGAGAUCAAGAGCGUUAUUGUCAAGGUGACAGAGAAGAACUCCUGAGUAUGAUGCACAGACACAGAA